ACUUCCGGUCGGUGACGUAGUUCCGCCUUGCUGGGCGCGCGGUGGACAGUCUGAAACGUAGAGCUCGGCUUUCGCUGGGGUUUCGCGGCCACGGGAGCCCAGCAUGGCUUCCUCACGACCCUCCUCCACGCAGGCAACCAAAACUAAGGCACCAGAUGACUUAGUGGCUCCUGUUGUGAAGAAACCACACAUCUAUUAUGGAAGUUUGGAAGAGAAGGAGAGGGAGCGUCUGGCCAAAGGAGAAUCUGGGCUUUUGGGAAAAGAAGGACUCAAAGCAGGAAUUGAAGCAGGAAACAUUAACAUAACCUCUGGAGAAGUGUUUGAAAUUGAAGAGCACAUCAGUGAGAGACAGGCAGAAGUGUUAGCAGAGUUUGAGAGAAGGAAGCGAGCUCGGCAAAUCAACGUUUCCACAGACGACUCAGAGGUCAAAGCUUGCCUUAGAGCUUUGGGGGAACCCAUCACACUUUUUGGAGAAGGUCCUGCUGAAAGACGAGAAAGGUUAAGAAAUAUCCUCUCAGUGGUCGGUACUGAUGCCUUAAAAAAGACCAAAAAAGAUGAUGAGAAAUCAAAGAAGUCCAAAGAAGAGUAUCAGCAGACCUGGUACCAUGAAGGACCAAACAGCCUGAAGGUUGCUAGAUUGUGGAUUGCUAAUUACUCACUGCCCAGGGCAAUGAAACGCUUGGAAGAGGCCCGUCUCCAUAAAGAGAUUCCUGAGACAACUAGAACCUCCCAGAUGCAAGAGCUGCACAAAUCUCUCCGAUCUUUGAAUAAUUUCUGCAGUCAGAUUGGGGAUGAUCGGCCUAUCUCCUACUGUCACUUUAGCCCCGAUUCCAAAAUGCUGGCCACGGCUUGUUGACCAACCCUGGCUGAGAUGCUUUCCUUUGUGUUUGAUAGGAGUGGGCUUUGCAAGCUCUGGUCAGUUCCUGAUUGCAACCUCCUUCACACUCUUCGAGGCCAUAACACAAACGUGGGAGCGAUCGUAUUCCACCCCAAAUCCACGGUCUCCUUGGACCAAAAAGACGUCAAUCUGGCCUCUUGUGCUGCUGACGGUUCUGUGAAGCUGUGGAGCCUUGACAGUGAUGAACCGGUGGCAGAUAUUGAAGGCCACACAGUGCGUGUGGCCCGUGUAACGUGGCAUCCAUCAGGACGCUUCUUAGGUACCACCUGCUAUGACCGAUCAUGGCGCUUGUGGGAUUUGGAAGCUCAAGAGGAGAUCCUGCAUCAGGAGGGCCACAGCAUGGGUGUGUAUGACAUUGCCUUCCAUCAAGAUGGCUCUUUGGCUGGCACUGGGGGACUGGAUGCAUUUGGUCGAGUUUGGGACCUGCGCACAGGACGUUGUAUCAUGUUCCUAGAAGGUCACCUGAAGGAAAUAUAUGGAAUAAAUUUCUCCCCCAAUGGCUACCACAUUGCAACUGGCAGUGGUGAUAACACCUGCAAAGUAUGGGACCUUCGACAGCGACGUUGUGUCUAUACCAUCCCUGCCCAUCAGAACUUAGUGACGGGUGUCAAGUUUGAGCCUAUCCAUGGGAAUUUCUUGCUCACUGGUGCCUAUGAUAACACAGCCAAGAUCUGGACUCACCCAGGCUGGUCCCCUCUGAAGACUCUGGCCGGCCACGAAGGCAAAGUGAUGGGCCUAGACAUUUCUUCCGAUGGGCAGCUCAUAGCCACUUGCUCCUAUGACAGGACCUUCAAACUCUGGAUGGCUGAAUAGGCAGGACCAUGGAAGAAGGACUCAAGCCUCACUCUCCCUUUAGAGCCGUUUUCAAAAGAAAGGAAUUGAUGUGUUUUGUUCUAUCAUGUGUUUUGCCAAUUACCAUGUAUAUAAAUCCUCAAAAGAAUUGAAUUUCUGUCUCAGCUCCCACUUCAGGCAGGCAGCCCAGUCCCUGGGUGUUGGUCAACCCCUUCCAUGGUUGAAAAAUUGUAGUUUUCAUCUUCAAGCCCCUCCAUGAGCUUUGUAGAUUUUGUUUUUAUUAAUCUUUCGUUUGAAUGCCCUCUUGCUUCCCUCAGAGCACUCAGGACUUUGCCUUCUUGAAACCUGGCUUUCCACUACGUGGUACAUGUUUCAGGACUCCGUGGGACCCAAGAGAGCAGGACGGCUGUGCUGUGUGCAGGAGGCCCUCGGGCAGAGAGGCGCAGCUCACGGCGCCGGCUGAACAGCUCCUGCCAGAGCGAGAGCCCUCGGAGCGGGCGGCGAAGGCGUGGAGCGCAGCUGUGUCCCGCGCUCCGCAGCAGAGGUUCUACCUCAUCCUGUUGAGUUCACUUGGAACGCUAACUGCAUCGGGAAGUUCAGAACUGAGCAUCUGCCUCUCGAGAAGAUGUCUUCCAUUUUGCUUUGAAGUUUGGCAUCCUUUGUGUUACCCAAAGCUAGGCCAUUGUGUCAAGAUUCAAUGAAAUUUUUAGAAAGCAAA